UACUUUAGAGAAGUAAAAUGUGACUGUGAGAAUCAGUCGCUUAAACUUCAUAAGUAGCUCUUCAGAUAUAUGUUAAUGCCCAUUCAGAUUCGCGGUAGGAAAUCGAAUCUGUUAUUUGAAAGUAGUUUUGUCUCGCUUUUUUUUCUCUGUGACCCAAACAGCUUAUAAGUGGUAUUACCAACAAGUUACCACCCGUCCAAAAAAUUAGCCCAAAUGCUCGUCUCUGUCAUUCCUUCGUGAUCAUGUCUAUCAUUUCUUUGGCUCUUGUUUCUUUCCUUUCUCAUCUUCUUAUUCUCACCGCCCAGCCUUUCGUAUAUUACAAAUGCUUCGAUCAAAGUGGUAACUUCACAAACACAAGUUCCUACCACACCAACCUCAAUAUCCUUCUCUCUAAUUUCACUUCCGACACGAAAAUUGACUAUGGCUUCUACACUUACUCUUAUGGCCAAGAUCCUGACACAGUUAAAGCAUUUGGUCUCUGCAGAGGAGAUGUGAAGCCAGAUACUUGCCGCAGUUGCAUAAACAAUGCCACAAUCCUUCUCCCAAAGUUGUGUCCAAAUCAAAAGGAAGCAUUUGGAUACUAUGACUUGUGCAUUUUUCGAUACUCAAAUCCUUCAAUAUCUGGGAUAUACCAAUAUCCUGACUUUUACUAUGCUUUUAGUAGCAACCCAGAAAAGGUAAAUAGAGAUCCAGACAAGUACAAAGAUUCGCUCGAUCGUCUGAUGCUGAAUUUGAAAAGUAUAGCUGCGGCUGGUGAUUCUCAUCGUAAGGUGGCUGUGGGAAAUGCGACAGUGGAUAAGUUUCGAACGGUUUACGGUCUUGCUCAGUGCAUGCCUGAUUUGUCUCAGCAAGAUUGUGACGCCUGUUUGCUAAAGACAAUCUCGGAUAUAUCAGUAUGUUGUGAGAACAAGGUUGGUGGGAGAGUGAUCAAAUUCAGCUGCAAUAUUAGAUUUGAUCAUGUUCUGUUCUAUGAUCUUACAGUUAUUGAUUCAUUACAAUUGUCAUUGCCCAUCAUUACUGCUCUCGCUCCAUCUACCAAUACUACUUCAUCACAAGGAGGAAGUGCUAGCAGAUCACAAACUGAUGUCAUCAUUAUCGUCCCCAUCGUAGUUUCAAUGAUAAUUUUUUGUUUGGUGGGCUGCUAUCUGCUAAGGAGAAAAGUUACAAGGAAAAGAAAGCAGGCUAUUCUUAGAGAAAACUUUGGCGAAGAAAGUUCAUCCCUGAACUCCUUGCAAUUUAGUUUGGCAACGAUUGAAGUUGCAACAAAUAAGUUUUCUGAAGAGAACAAAAUAGGAAAAGGUGGAUUUGGAGAAGUUUAUAAGGGUGUUCUUCCUGAUGGACGAGAAAUUGCUGUAAAAAGACUUUCUAAAAGUUCUGGACAAGGAACAUUAGAAUUCAAGAAUGAAAUAUUAUUGAUAGCCAAACUUCAACAUAGAAAUUUAGUGACCUUAUUGGGAUUUUGUUUGGAAGAGCAAGAGAAAAUUCUUAUCUAUGAAUAUGUGCCAAACAAGAGCAUUGAUUUCUUUUUAUUUGAUCCUGAAAAGCAACGAGUACUCGAUUGGUUUGAGCGUUUCAAAAUCAUAAGAGGCAUUGCACAAGGACUUUGUUACAUGCAUGAAUAUUCUCGGCUUAAAGUUAUUCAUCGGGAUCUCAAACUUUGCAAUAUCUUAUUAGAUGAUAAGAUGAAUCCAAAAAUAUCAGAUUUUGGUAUGGCCAGAAUGAUUGCUAUAGAUGAAGACCAAGGAAGUACAAAAAGAAUUGUUGGAACAUAUGGCUAUAUGGCUCCUGAAUAUUUAAUAUAUGGACACUUUUCAGAAAAAUCUGAUGUUUUUAGUUUUGGAGUUAUAAUUUUAGAAUUACUUAGCAGCAAGAAGAAUGCCAAAUCUUAUGAAUCAUUCCUUUUAGCUGAUGUUUGGAAGCAUUGGAAGGAGGGAACACCAUUACAAAUAUUGGACCCUUGUCUGAUGGAAUCUUCUUGUCAAAUAGAAGCAAUGAGAUGCGUUCAGAUUGGGCUCGUAUGUGUUCAAAAGAAUCCAGAUGAGAGGCCAACAAUGGCUGAAGUUGUUUCAUAUCUUAGUAAUCUUUCCAUUGAAUUGCCAUCUCCAAGAGAGCCACCAUUCUUAAUUCAUUUAAAUCCAACUAUGUCAACAGAAUGUAGUUCCGAUCAAACAACUCAGAGCUCCAAGACAGUGGUUUCAAAUGAAAUAUCCAUCACAGAGAUCUUGCCUCGGUGCAAAAUGAUUGCUUUCGUCGUCGUCUUCUUCUUCAUCUUCAUCUUCAGCACCACCCAAUCAGCCGCCUCUGUAUUCAACGAUUUCAACUGCACAACCAAUAUCACCUUCACUCCGAACGGCACCUUCCAAAGCAACCUCGCCGCCCUUCUCUCCUCUCUCUCCUCCAACGCCACCGGCGGCAUCAGAUUCUACAACACCACCGUCGGCGGCCGCGGCGGAACAAACACCGUAUACGGCCUCUUCGUGUGCCGCGGCGAUGUGCCGUAUCCAUUGUGCAGCGAGUGCGUUAACUUCGCCACCCAGAGGAUAAGCUCAUCGUGUCCUUCAGCGAAAGAAGCCAUUAUUUGGUACAACGAGUGCUUGCUGCGAUAUUCUUACAGGUCUAUCUUCUCUGCCAUGGAAGAAUGGCCAAGAUAUCAAGUCAAGAUUCCGUUAGGCGACCCUGGGCUUUUACGAACUCGGCGUUUCUACGAUACUUUGGGAUCUAUUUUGAACGAUCUGAUAGAUGGAGCAGCUCAGGCUCUUGGGAAAUCUGAUUCAAAGUUCGGUGUUCAGCAAGGUGACGCAUCUGGAAACACAACGCUGUACGGCCUGGCUCAGUGCACGCCGGACUUAGCCACCGGCGACUGCAAGCGGUGUGUCAGGGAUGCCAUAGCGGAGAUUACGACGUCGUGUUGCCGUGGUAGCAUCGGACAAAGUGUAAUGUUCCCCAGUUGCAUUAUUCGCUAUGAAACAUAUCCAUUUUAUCAGCAUGCCGGAACGUCGACACUCACGCCGGCGGCGACGGCUAACGGAAAAAGCAAUAAAUUGCGGACACAAAUUAUUGCAAUUAUUGUCCCCUCCAUUAUUGUUCUAGUGGCGAUUCUCGUUUUGUGCUUCUACAUGGUGCCUAGAAGAAAUUCAAAUUCAAAGAAGAAAUCACAAAAAGCCACUGAUCUCUCAGAAAAUUUUGGGGUUGAAAUUAUUACCACAAUGGAUUCGUUGCAAAUUGACAUAGCUACAGUUAAAGUGGCUACGGACAAUUUUUCUGAAAAAAGCAGGAUUGGCAAAGGUGGAUUUGGAGAAGUUUAUAAGGGGGUUCUUCCUAAUGGACAAGAGAUAGCUGUGAAGCGAUUGUCAAGAACUUCAUCGCAGGGAGUUGAAGAAUUCAAAAAUGAGGUUUUGCUGAUAGCUAAACUUCAACACAGAAAUUUAGUAAGGUUACUGGGAUUCUGCCUUGAAGAUGAUGAGAAGAUACUUAUCUAUGAAUAUGUGCCUAACAAAAGCCUUAACCAUUUCCUAUUUGAUCCUUUGAAGCAAAGGGAAUUAACUUGGCCUGAACGUUUUAAGAUUAUAAAAGGAAUUGCUCGAGGAAUCCUAUAUUUACAUGAAGACUCUCGUCUUAAGGUCAUACAUCGUGAUCUUAAACCAAGUAAUGUUUUGUUAGAUAGUAACUUGAGUCCAAAAAUCUCAGAUUUUGGUAUGGCAAGACUAAUAACACUAGACCAAGUUGAAGGAAGCACAAACAGGAUUGUUGGAACAUAUGGCUAUAUAUCUCCAGAAUAUGCAAUGCACGGAUAUUUUUCUAUAAAAUCCGAUGUCUUUAGUUUUGGAGUGAUGAUGCUCGAGAUUAUUAGUGGAAGAAAGAAUUCAUAUUCUUAUGAAUCAUGUCGCAUUGAUGAUCUCUUGAGCAAUGCUUGGAGAAAAUGGAGGGAUGAAUCAAUAGAGGAAUUGAUGGAUCCAGCAGUGAGAGAAUCAUAUUCUCAACAAGAAGUGUUUAGGUGCAUCCAGAUUGGUUUAUUGUGCGUUCAAGAAAAUCCAGAUGAUAGGCCUACAAUGGGAAACGUUGCUUCAUAUCUUAGCAACAUUACAGUUGAAUUGCCAUAUCCUCUGGAACCUGCGUUUUUCAUGCAAGGUAGAAGAAGAAGAAACCAUAUGCAUGAUCCCAAUUCUGAUCACUCCACCAAUUACUCUGUCUCCUCAACCAUUAAUGAGAUGUCCAUCAGCAAAUUUUUCCCUCGCUAAUGAUUAUUAAUUACGUAUAUGUGAAAAAAAUUGUAACUAUACAAUAUUCAUAUUCUAGAUUGUU